AUGAUUAUAAAAGAUAACACAUUUAGGAAACAUGGUAUAGAAAUAAUAUCAUAUGAUAAUAAAGAAGUUAAAUUAAAUUCUAAAGGUUAUCAUUUAUCAAUUCAUCCAUUUUUUUUUAGAAAUAAAUUAAGUGUUCACACAUCAUCAUCAUCCACAUCAUCAACCCCAUUAUCAACAUCAACUGUAAAUUCACCAAAACCAACACCAUUUUAUGUAGAUGAUGCAGGUAUUGCAAAGCAAUUAAAUCAAUCUAUAUUUGAUAUUUUAUCAAGAUCAAGAUAUUUAUCUACAUUAAAUCACGAAAAUUUGGCUGAAUUUAUUUCAUCUGAACCUUCAAAAAAGCAUCAUGAUCAAAUAUUUUUAAUUUCAGAAGAUUAUAAUAAUUCAUUAUUAAAAGAAAUUGAAAAACAAGCAAAAAACCAAACACCAAUUCCAGAGCAUACAGUUGGUAGAUAUGCAUAUCAGAUUUUGAAAGCAUUAUCAUAUCUUCAUAGUAAAGAUUUAACACAUAGAAGUUUAUCGUUAGAAAAUAUUAAAUUAGAUUCAAAUGGACAAAUAAAAUUAACAAAUUAUGGGUUAUAUUUUUUAUCGGAUGAAGGAGAAAAUGUUUCAUUUCCAAUUGGUAAUGCAUUUUAUUUAUCACCAGAGACUAUAUUAAGGGGUGCAAAAGGAUCAUCAAAUACUAAAACAGAUAUUUGGGCAUUGGGUUGCAUAUUAUUGCAAUUAAUGUUGGGUUAUUGUAUUUGGGAAGAUAGAGAUCCAGUUGUAGUUAUAAAUAGGUUAUUAUAUUUAUCAGGUAUUUCAUCAACCGAAAAAUUUAAUUUUAAAAAAAAAUUAUUUGUCAAUAUAAACGAAAAGGAAUCAGAAUCAGAAGAAUCAGAAGAUUCAGAAGAGGAAAUAGAACAGGAAUUAAAUGAAGAAGAAGAAAAUGAUUCAUCAAGAAUUAAACUUAAUAAUAAACAAUUAAUAAAGAAAUUUUUAGAAUCACUAAAAGAAAUUAAUAAAGAAAAUUUAUUAGGCAUUGGAUUAAAUGACAUUAGUGAAGAGUUUUUAGAAGUUAUUGAACAUUGUUUAAUUGCAAAUCCAAGUGAAAGACCUGAUUCAGAGACUCUAUUAGAUCAUCCAUAUUUCAAUGAAUAUAAAAAAGAAGAUCCAUAUCAAUUAGACUAUAUCGUAAAGCCAUAUACAAAGUCAUUUCAAUUACCAGAUUCACUUGAAGGCCUUACAGUUGCAGAUCUAGAGAAAUAUAGUGCUUCAAUAUCAUUAAACUCAAAUAGUAAUAGUAGUAUUGGUGACAAUGACGUCUUUUCAGGUUCAGAAAUUUAUUAUUUAUGGAAAUUAAUGGGAGGUGAUAUUGAAAAGGAGUUAGUAAAUGGAGGUUACGCAAAACCAUCACCAUCUGUACAUAAAUUACCAUUAUUUGUACCAAUUAAAGCAUCAUUAACCGAAUCUUCAAAUAGCGUAUUAAAUUUUAAUAGUAAUAAUAAUUUGUUAUCAUUAGAACAACAACAACAAUCAUUUCAAUUACAACACAAUAAUAACCAACCCAAUAUAAUUAAAUCCAAAAACUCAACUCUAUAUACCAAUGAAUUUUGUUUGGUUGGGUUAAAGCCAUUAUUUAUAAAAAUUAUUGACUCACUUAAAAAUUAUAAAAAAGAAGCAUUCGAAGAGGAAUCUCAAAAACUUUUUGAAGCAGGUAGUGGUCAAAUACCAAAUGUUCAAUAUCAAAUACUUUUAAUUAGAGAGUUUCAUAAACUUUUGUACCAAUACCAAUAUGACGAUCCUACAUUGUCACAACCAAAGAUUUACAGAUUAGCAAAAUCAUAUAUUCCAUCAGUACUUCGUGGUGAUAUUUGGUCUGCAAUUUUAGGUGUAAAUGAAAGUGAAGCCGUGCAGCUAUACAAUUCAAUCAACUUGGAUCAAAAAGGACCAAACGAUAAGCAAUUUGAAUUAGAUAUUCCAAGAUGUCAUCAAUAUCAUCCAUUAUUAUCCUCCAAACAAGGUCAUCAGCAGUUAUUCAAGAUUUUAAAGGCAUGGUCAUUAUUAAAUGUAGAAAAGGGAUGUUAUUGGCAAGGUUUGGACAAUGUAGCAACACCAUUCUUAGUUCAUCAUUUCUUUAGUGAGGCUAUGGCAUUCGCUUCAUUAAAAGCAUUUGUAGAUAAAUAUUUAAAAAUUCUUUAUGUACCAAACAAUUUUGCAGCUCUUUCCGAAAUUAUGUUAAAUUAUCAACAAUUAAUGGCAUAUCACGACCCUGAAUUAUUAAUUCAUUUAAUUGAUAUUCAGUUAGAACCAAAUCUUUAUGCAAUUCCAUGGUUUAUUACAGUUUUCGCACAUGUAUUACCAAUUGAUAAAUUAGAAAUACUAUGGGACUCCAUUUUAUUAUGUCCUUCAUCAUUACCAAAUUUCAUUGCAGUUUCAAUGUUAACUCAAUUUAGAAAUUCAAUUUUAAAAAUGAGUUUCGAAAAUGGUAUUAAAAUGAUAUCAAUGAUACCAUCGAUCAAUGUACACCAAUGUGUCAAAGAUGCAUUACAUAUGUUUAAUAUCACACCUCUUAGUACAACAGUCAAUAAAUUUGUUUCAAAUGCUGAUCAAGAGUUAUGGUGGAUGCAAGAGGUACCAAUAGAAAAAAGAAAAUUAGAAUUAUUCCCAAGAAUUGAUAUCCACGAUUUAAUUAACGAUACCUUAAAAAUAAUUAUUGAUAUUAGACCACAAAAUAUGUUUCAACAGCUUUAUUAUCCAAAUUCAAUAAAUAUUAACCCAAAGAAUUCGAAAUUACAACAGCAAAUGGAACAGUAUAAAGGUCAACCUAUCGUAAUAAUAGCGCCAAAAGACAGUGGUGUGGAGUUUUGUAAUCAAUUAAUUCAUUGGAAUUUCCCAUAUGUUUCAAUGUUAAAUGGAGGCAUGGAUGCUUUGGAGCAUGGUGCUUUCAGUCUAUUAAAAUCCCAAACAUCAAAAUAA